GUUCUCAGGCCGUUGGGGAUUGUAAUAGAAGUAGAAGCGAGCGAACGGCCGAGGUACAAACUUGACAAUUGGAUACUUUACGUCGGGAGAGUUGUGUCCGUGACAAGACAAGUGCAAAUGUGACCGAAAUAAUCAAAAUAACGUGGAUUUUAAUUCCGGUGGACGUUUCCGAACCGGCAAAAUGGCUCAAUUGGAUAAAAGAGCCGAGAAGCAACAUCUAGUAAAACUUAUUUCUAUGUGGAAUAUAGACCAUUACGACAUUUUCGAAUUAAGUCAACCAGAUGAGAAUAACCAGUUCCAUGGAGUCGUCCGUUUCUUUUUCCAAGGCGGUGGCGCCAACGUCAUCACGAAGUGCAUCCGUGUGGCAAGUGAUGCCACCACCAUGGAGGUCAUUGAUGUCCUCAUUGAGAAGUUCCGGCCUGACAUGAGAAUGCUGCAGCAGUGUAGAUAUGCUCUCUAUGAAGUUCACGUUAAUGGAGAGGAGAGGCAGCUGCUGGAGGAUGAGAAGCCCCUGUGGGUGCAGCUCAACUGGGGCAAGGAUGUCCGAGAGGGCCGCUUCCUGCUCAAGAGAGUGGAUGAGGUCACCAGAAAGGGGGCCACAGGAGAUUGGCCUGAACAGGAGAAAGCAGGUGUUGACCAGGGCUUCAAACGGAAACUUUCCAAACGAGAGAAGAAAGAAAAGAAGAAACGAGAGAAAGAUAAAAACAAGGAGAAUUUGGACAAGAAUGACAGCAGUGUGGCGGAGAGACUGUACAGUGAGCUCCCAGAGAACAGCUUCACCAGGAGCAUCUCCAACCCUGAGGCCGUCAUGCGGCGCCGGCGCCAGCAGAAGUUGGAGAAGAAGCUGCAGCAGAUGCAGGGGAAUGAUGGCACCAGUGACUCAGGUGGAAUUCUAAAGAUCUAUGGCCAAGCUAUCUGCCCUGAUGUUCCGUACAAGACGUUGCUACUGUCCACGUCGGACCGCACCAACUCCGUCAUCCGAGAGGCAAUGCAGAAAUAUGGCAUUGAGAAGGAGGAUCCCUCCAGAUACUGUCUGGCUCAGAUGGUGCUGCCGCCUGGAAGAGUGGAGUACCACGGGGGACAGAUAGGGGAGGAGCGGAUUCUGGGGGAAGACGAGUGUCCACUCCUGAUAUUCGCACAAUUCCCCAAAAGCAGAGGUCAAGUCAUAUUCCAACUACGACGGGGAACAGAUGACGGCAGUCAACCAGCCAUGAAGAGACCCCAGAAAGCUCUGUCCCACAACGACCUUCGAUAUUCACAAGAUACCAAGAACAUCAAUGCAGAUGAUCUCCCUUUCCUGCUUGAGAUGGAUCCUAGAGGUGGUAAGACCAAACGCCAUCUCCUGCCUCUGAAUGUAACGGAAGUUGGCAGUGAGAGAUCUGUGUCCAAUAGCAGCCAGUACCUACAGCUGCUGGGGAACGACAUCAAACCCCGCCACUGCGUGAUCGCCCACACAGAGGGCAUCGUCACAGUGACCCCCACCAGCAGGGAUGCAGAAACCUACGUAGAGCAUCAGCGCAUCUACGAGACGACCAUGUUGAAAGAUGGCAUGUCCGUUCAGUUUGGGAAAGCUUUCGUAUUUCGUUUCUGUGACCCAAGAUUUGAUGAGCCCCGGCGACCGGGCGGACAUGACAGAAGUAUGCAGAAGCAGCCCCACCCCCAGUUUAAUGAACGACCUCAGGAGACCAACUUUGACCUGGAUGGUCAUGUGGAGACGAUGCCGGGCAAUGGGUCAUCUCCGCGCAGUCCUGGACACACGCCACACCAAGAAUGGGAGAUGCACAGGAGGUCAGCACCAGAUUUGCAUCAAGGCCCUCCUGACAUUGAUCCUGGAGAUCAACUUCCAGCAUCAUUAGAAUUCAGAAAUAAUGAUGAAAGUAGCAUGCUGCGAGAUGUGAUUUUAUCCGUAAACAGCCGGAGUGUUCAGUUCAAACUGGCACCAACAUACACACUCUACUUGGGUAUUCGGCACUGCUUGUCCCCACACAUAUUCCCCCAGUUGGCGCCACAGCAGCGGGUCCAGAGACUAGCUGACUAUGUUAACAGGAUUGCCCGGAUGGUACAGAAAGCCAUACAGGAACACCACAACGACCCUACAGCUCUGGCGUUCUGGAUGGCCAAUGCCUCUGAGGUCCUGCAUUUCUUCAAACAAGACCAUGAUGUCCAGCCUUUCAGCCACGACGCCCAGGAGCUGCUUGCAGAGGCCGUGCAGAUGGCAUUCCAGCACCUGGUGCGAUGUCUGCAGGUGGACUUGCAGCGCGUCAUGCCCGCAUUCCUGGAUGCAAGUGACUUAGAAGACGAGGAGGAGAGGAAAGAUACCCAGUAUGCCAAGCCCAGCCUGACCGAUGUCCUCAACACACUGUCGGCAGCCAUGACGUUACUGCGACGUUGCAGGGUCAACGCUGCUCUCACCAUCCAGCUGUUCUCUCAGCUGUUCCACUUCAUCAACAUGUGGCUGUUCAACAUCCUGGUGACAGAACCACAGCUGCAGCUGUACACAAGGUCGUGGGGAAUCCGACUCAAGCGGAGACUUGGACGCAUCGAGGCGUGGGCAGAGAAGCAGGGUCUGGAGCUGGCUGCCGACUGUCAUCUGUGUCGCAUAAUACAGGCUGCACACCUGCUGCAGACGCCGAAGGUGUCCGGUGACGACAUCACCAACAUCAGCUCCACCUGCUUCAAGUUGAACUCACUCCAGCUCCACACGCUUCUGGUGAGAUACAUCCCAGAACCCAGGGAGCCGCCUGUCACACGGGGAUUCAUCGAGAAGGUGGUGACCAUCGGCAAGAACAUGGCGGACGAGCUGACACGGACAGACGGCCGGGAAGUUCGGCUGGAGGAGGAUCAGGAUCUGCAUCUUCCCUUCCUGCUCCCAGAGGAUGGCUACUCCUGUGACACCAUCAGGGGGGUCCCCACUGGGCUGCCGGAGUUCAUCAAACCCAUGACUGCUGCAGGUAUUUGCCAGAUUGUCCCGAACAAUGGGUCUAGUGGCAGCUGGACUAUCUACAUGGGAGACGGAGGAGGGAGAAGCUUGGAGAACACCCCUCCAAAAGGUCCACCACCACCCCAGAGUGUCCAGCCCCCCAACAAUCUACCCCGACAACCAGAGGUCAUGGUGGUCAUCUUCAAGAAGGUCAACGGCAGUAUGGGACUCAGCAUUGUUGCUGCCAUGGGUGAAGGUCAGAGGGAAAGAGGUAUCUACAUCAAGUCGGUAGUUCCCAAUGGUGCCGCCGCCCUGGAUGGCCGUCUACAGGCUGGAGAUCAGCUGCUGGAGGUGGAUGGCCGGAGUCUUGUUGGACUCUCCCAGGACAAAGCCGCAGAGCUGAUGACACAGACUGGGCACACUGUUACCCUGAAGGUUGCCAAGCAGGGAGCGAUCUACCAUGGCCUGGCCACCCUGCUGAGUCAGCCCUCACCCACCAUGCAGAGAGCUGCCUCACAGCCACAGAACAAUCGUCCAGGACAACAGAACAACCGAAUAAAGCUGAACCAUGAGGAGGGGCCUCCACCGUACACUGAGUCCCCCUCCGACCCCCGCAACAACCGCACUGACCCCCGCCUCUUCAACGGUAUGGGGGGCAGGGGACAGGAGAGCCCGAGGAUGCCACCCCACCAAGCUGGCAGAUCACCCCACAUGGACCAGCCUCAUAAGGAUGACCGUUUUCGAGCUCCAUCUAUGGGCAACCUAAAUAAUGGACGUUUUCAACCUAACCAAGCGCCAUAUGAUCCCAGCACGCACAGACGGGACCCCCAUGAACAAGAUCCUCGCUCUAAGUCAACAUCUAACCUAAAUAUGGACACUUCAUAUGAUCGUCCUGAUCCAAAUGUUAUGAAACCUGCUGCCUCAGUUGCUGCCCUUGGUCCUGGUCCUCAAGGUCAUCCUUACCCUCCAAAUUUUGGUCGCAAACCAAAUGACUACGAAAACCAACCGCAGUUGAACAGCUUGCCCCCAGAAAGGAAUGAGCCUGUAAAACCAGUUCGAAGCUUUACAGACAUCAAUCAAAACAACAUGCCCACAAAACCCUCUCACCAUCAUAGUCAGCCUUAUCUUCAUCCACAACGACCUAACGAUCGCUCAUCUGUGUCCUCGAGGACUUCAUCUAACAGUAACCGUGACAACAGACCCCAGUCUGCAUAUUAUGAUGGCCAGAAUAGAGAGGACUUUGGUCAAUUGAGACCCAAGUCAGACGAAAUCACUCCCAACAAGAUACGGGAGUGGCAGGAGAAAUUGGAGGAUCCUCGCACACAGCCAUUCCAGAACAACCUUCAUCCUGAUCACCAUUCUCCUCAUUAUAAUCCUGGAAGGGACGUGAACGACGCCCGAAAUAUCCAAGACAUUCCAAAACUGACGGUCAACAAUCAUCCUCGGCAGCCCAAUUUCUAUGAAAACACAGGUCCGUCACAAGAAGCUGUUCCUCCCUUCCAUCAGCUUCCGAAGCAGAAUGACGAGAAACCCAAACCACCUGUCAAACCCAAGCCUGCAGCGAAGCCCACGCAGCCAAGAGUCACUCCCACCGAAAUUCCAUUCACACAAGUUGAUAAUCGGUUGUCACAGCCCCAGUUUUUCGAUCCUAAGUCAUCUCAACAGGAGUCACCCAACUUCUAUAAUCCUCAUGCAGGGAAACAACCGUUCCAGGCACCUAGACAGGACCCUCGGGCUUCGUUUGGACAGAAGAAAAUUUCUCCCGAGAGGCAACCUGGUCCAUACGGGUAUCGAGACCAGGAAGAUAUGCCUCCUCCCCCUCAAGAUGAAUAUGCCCCCGAGUUACCCCCACCCCCAUCUAAUGAUGACCUCCAUGAGAACUCUCCACCCCUUCCCCCUCCUCCAUCACAGGAGUAUGUGCUUGAACAACAACUGCAAGACGAACAAAGACGCAUGAUGAACCAGAUGGGUCAGCAGAGGAAUUUUAACUCCGAUCCCCGGUUUGGUGGACCUGCUGGAUAUGGCCGGAAUGAGUUUGAUGGUCAGCAAGGCCAGUUCCCUGACCGGAAUCGUGCUGGUCAAGGACAUAAUGAUAGACAAUUACCAGGUAACCAGCAGAACAACAUUCAUCCCAAUUAUCAGAAUAUCAGCUUUGGUGGUCCCGAGACCCAGCCACCUCCUAUUCCACAGCCUCCUGAGCAUAAUGUGUACGAACAAUACGAAACGCAGAGGUCGGAAAUGCAGCCACCUCACCAAGCUGGUGCCAUGCACUUAACCGUAAAGGAGGAGUACAACGUUGGAGCCUCCCCCUGGGAUAGAGAGGAGAAGGAGAGAGAGCAGGAGAGGUAUGAGGAAGACAUGUCCAAGAUGAGGGAGAUGGAGAUAGCCGGGCUAGAAUCAAAACAGUACCUCAACCCACAGGAGCAGGAGCGACUUCGGAAGCUGCGGCUGGAGCAGGAGUUUCAGCGGCGGGUGAAGGAGUCGAUGGACAAGGAUGAAGAUGAGGACUCUGAUACAGAGCUUGCAGAGAGGCUCUAUUCUCGAGAACGGAUGAUUCAGGCCAUGAAAGAUGAUCUGGACAAGUCACGGAAUCGUUUAAUUGACCUGGAGAGGAAACGAAUGAUAGAUGAAUUUGAAGCUGAGAAAGAUCGGUUAAUGAGGUUAGAGCGUCGCCUGGAACAGUUUGAGAAGGACAAAGAGGAUCACAAACUGAGGAUCAUGAAGAGGCAGGAGAAGCGACAGAAGGAUCAUGAAGAGCAGCUCCGGAGACAGAGGGAGUUAAGAGACAAUCAGCGUCAGAGGUUUGAGGAACAGAAGCGUCUGAUGAUGAUGGAGGAAGAGAAGAUGCGACAGAGGAGGGAGGAAGAACUGGCCAAGAGGAAGCAAUAUGAGCGAGAACAGUUGCAGGAGAUGCAGGCAGCAAGAGAAAUUGAGGAGGCCACACUCCGGGCACAGAUUCGGCAACAGGAGGAGGAGUAUUCCCGGAAACGUCUGGAGAAACAGAAACAGCUCCGUCUGGAGCAGCAGCGAGAGAUACGUGUGUCAUCCGAGAGACAGAGGAUCGAGUCCAUGCAGGAACAGAACCGGGCUCCUGGAUUCGAUCAUCAGCCCUACGCUAAUCUCCCACCUACCCAGCCCAACAGGGAUGUGCCACAACCUCCGGAGAGAAACAGUUCCUUUAAUAUGAUUCAGAGAGGUAGCAUGCGAAAUUCAGACUAUCAGGGGACCAAUUUUCGUGAUCAGCCCCAGCCGGUCAGGAGGAUGGGUCCAGAGACCACUGCACCUGCUACCAUGCCUGUGCCCAAGAAGUCAGUGUCAUUCAAUACUCAGCUAGAGCAACUGAAUACAUACAGCGUGGGAAGUGUCAGCGGGGAAUCCCACCCAUCUGUGUCGUCGUAUCGUUCCUCGCAAGGCUCCCAGUCAGAAUCUGCAGAUCAUCAAUUCAUGGACCAUCCUGGAAUGGCUCAUGAGUCAAACGAUGUGUUUGCGUCACCGCCGCAAAACAACAUCAAUCAUGAUAUCACGUAUAUUGCUGGCGGAACACCUAAUGUUGUUGGUGCCCAGGAGAUCUACAGAGACCCCCGACAACGGAUCGCGGCACAAAAAGCAGCAAACUCUAUCAAAAGGCCAGGCGCGGAAAGAAUGUCAUUCAGAGACAAGAUGAAGUAUUUUGCUACUGAGGCUGGUGAAGACACCAUUAAAUUGAAACCAAAAGCUUCCAAGACUUUAAGAACCAUUGAAUCUCAGUUAAAUGGCCAAUAGUUUCAGUGCAUGGAGUGACAAAUUCAUGAGGAUGGUUGAAAAGAGAGUUGGCCGCCGGAAGAGGUCCGUGUGGUAUUUGUGCCCUGGUGUUAAAGCUGUAUGUAAAUAUUCUUCUCAGGUUGACGAUGGGCCGGACGCAUGUGGCUGGUAAUGGGAGGCUGGGAGGAAAUACAUGGAAUUAGUUGUACAAAGCAGCUCUUUGUUGGGGCUGACUUCAGUGUACCGUUCCUCAGUGCUGAGAAAAUAUAUCUAAUAUAUUGCUUCCUGAAGCAAUAGUGCUUUGAAUCGUGUACAUUGAUGAGAUAUGUCUGAAGAGAAGACGAAGACUUUAGCAAACUGAAAUAACUUGCCAUUAGACGUUGUAGCAUUCCAUCGAUAACAUGUUAUCAUUUUAUUUCCCUCAUUUAUGAAAAACGAUACAAAUGUUAACUUGACGACCUUUUUUAUUCAGAAAUCAUGACACGAAGGCAUUCAGAAAUGAUUUCACAUAAGGUAGAUGAUUUCACUAUUACAAGACUUGUACAAAGAUAUGAGUAAAAGUGAAAUCUGUUUAAGAGGGAGAAAGGUGACUGAUCACAGACAAGCAUAUUAAACAUGUUUUGCUCAUUUCGUACAUAUAUAGAUAUAUAUCAUAUUUGUUUGUCAGUUGUCGAGUGUAUAGUGUACAUACACAGGCGUCAUUCCUUCUUGUGGUGCAUUGUUUGUAAAAUAUGUAUUCAUUUAGGGAACAUUUUAAAUUUAGUAUUUUUACUACCCAACUUUUAUAUCUUUGAAAAUAGUUUCUGUGCUAACAUUAUAGUUCUUGCGGAAGUGUUUUAUAGAUUUUCUGUAUUUUGUCCAUAUAAUGUGUAUAUGCCUCAGCAGGGGCCGCCCUGCUCCAUCUAUUUUUGUCAUCUUAUCAUGUCAUGGCUGCUGCGAGUAACUCUGCAUAUCUUCAUCGUUGAUACGAGCGUGCUGGGAGAUUGCUUUCAACAGACGUCAUCAGAGUAUUCUUUGUCAAAUUACAUGUUGAUAGGCAGGCCAAAAUAUUUCUCGUUGAUGUAUCAUUUCAUGUUUCAACCCAAGAUUUACAAAAGGAAACAUAUAGGUACUACUAAAAGAAAGUUAAGUACCACCCGAAUCUGUUGUGACAGAUCAACUAUUGUAAUUGGAAAGAAUUGGUUGGUCCUUUACUUUUUUUGAGUGGUAUAUGUUUCAUUUCAUUAGACACAUUGUUGAAUUGAUGGGACGCAGUCCCUCUCAGCAUCCAGUUUCCUGUGUAGUUUCCGUAAUGAAGUCAUGUAUCAUUGUACUGAUGAAGAUAUGCAAAGCUGAUGUAGGCCAUUUGUUGACAUAUCGCCAGCUGGUUGUGAGGUUUCUAUGCAGUGAGUCCAUGAUGUUUUAGGCAGUGCCUUUACUAAUGACAUCCAUCCAAGCACCUCAGUGAUAACGUUUACAAAUCAGAGUGUAAUUUUCUAACUAUGUUCCCAAUGAUAUUGUGAUACAACAUUGAUAUUUUGGUUGUGAAUCUUAACUCUGGCCGUCCUCCGCAAGUACCUUUCACCCUUCCAGGGUUUAGCAAUGGAAAUAUUUAAGGAGUAAAAUAACUGUAAAUUUUCAUUGAAUGUAUAAGUGCUCUUCUUGCAAAAUAGCACAAAAUGAGUGGAACUGAACCUAUGGGAGAAUAUAUAUCUCAAAAACAAGUUUCAGGAAUGUUGACUGCUUAAAGAACAAAAUUUCAAAAGUUGCAUGACUUGAAAUCUUUAAGCAAGUGAAUGGGGAAAAACAAUGUAUUUUAUCCUUGUUCUGAAUUAUGCUACUCAACAUUUGAUAGGAAUAUUCGAGUUCAUGUGAGGUCUGAAUAAUACAUAGUAUGUACUGCUCAAUAUUUGCUAAGAACCAAAAUGGUCAUCUUUAGUCAAAGGUGUGGUUCUUAACAAUGGUUGAGUGGUAUGGUAUUUGACUUUUUCUUGGAACUGGCAUUUUUCGGCUUCAUGUCAGCAUUGGUUCACAUUUCGAUGAAUUAUUGUCGAAGAAUCAGGUCUCAUCUCUGUAUCCUGAUCUAAUGUUGAGUAGUAUAGUUUCAAAGUCAGCUAUGGAAAUAUAUUUUUUAACUUCAGUUUCUGACAUGCAACAGAGGCAUGUUAUUGACAGCACGUGAAAAUGGGUGUUUUAUCUGCUACUAACUACAGCAUCUAGUUCAAGGUCUGUGAUAAUGACAUGUCAGAUAUGACAGGAAUCCACUAACAUGCCUACACAAGACAAAUUCACAGACCCAAGGUGGAAACGUUAGCCCAGAUGUAGAUCUUAUUACACUGUACAUUAUGAUUAAGUAUAUACAUUGGAGCAAUAAAAUCAUACAGAAAAUA